CUGCUACCGGGGCUGCUGAUGGAUCCAUUGCCAUUCAUGAUGGACAAUUGCAUUCGUCUGCUGGUAGUUGCGGCUCUUGUCCGCUACGUAAGAGCCGGCCUUGUAGUGGCGCAUUCGCAGGGACCAUCCGAUUUCUUCGCAGCUCUCCGAGACAGGAUCAUGGUGCGCAGGGCCGACAAGCAGACGCCGACACACGUUGUUUCCCCUUUGUGUCAUUGCAGAUAGCCGAGACAGAUCUGGUUGAGAUGCCCAAUCCUGUCUGCUCCAGUCGUGAUGGCCCAUUCUGUCCACCUCUCGCCUCGUCAGCCACCCAUCCCCCGCAUGCAGUUCUAUCCUCGCCCCGCCAUCACGCCGGCGGCCUGCUGUCGCAACCCGACUCACCGGCACAUGACUGGAUGGAGAUGCCAAAACCACACCAGACGGUUGCGACCAAGGGCAAUGACGUUGCCAUGGCCAUGUCUCGGCCAGAGGGGUCACUCACUUCUUUCUUUGACUAUUUCACGCUUGUUUCCAAGCGGGUGUUUGCCGGUCAGCGGGACGUGUUGCCUGAUGCAGAUGUGCUGACGAAGAGGCUGGCAGAUGAGGAGAGGAUGCGACUGUAUGAGCGAUACCCUCGUCUCAGGCAGGACGAUGAUAAUGAGGACACAGAAGGCGAUGAAGACGAUGAGAUGGACUUCUGGAGCGAUGAAGACGAUGGUGACGAAGGGGCGACGUAUGUGCGGCACUAUGAUCUGCCUUCCCUCUUCCUCAAAGACCGCAACCUGGCGUCACAAAUCAUCAGAAAGGCAAGCACUUCCGACACGAUUGGACGUGGAUACAUCCCAUGCUCGUGUCUCUCUCUUGUUGGAUGCAUGCAGGAGAGAAUUACUGGAGAGGUGGAUUCUCUGGCGUCCAUCCGCCAUGAGAUGGAGGAAAGACCUUUGAAUCGCAAAGUGGUCACGGGACCCGGGCAGAGAGGGAGCAACUACACCUCAGGCCUCCUUACCUUCACCCGAGUGCCCUUUCUGAGCCAUAAUGUAAGCAAUACCAACGAACAUCCAUUUUACUCUGCACAUGUAUGUGUCUCUUGUGUGUCCAUGCAGGUGCCUCCCGGCUAUUGCCAUGGGCUGCCAGGCACCAUCAGGUGUCAUUGGGAUGGUGCGUGGGGCGUGCGGCCGCCUCCCUUCCUCGGCAAGGACGUCACAACCCUGAGGCUUUACUUGAUCACAGACGUGCCUCGCCUUGACUUGAUCACAGACAGGCCUCACCUGAACACGGUAUACGCGAUUACAGCUGGUUUACGUGCACAAUGAAUGUGUGUGUGUGUGUGUGUCUGUGUGUAUGUGUGCCUGCACACAGACGGCACAAGUGAUGAGCAGUUUCGCCUCCGUCCGGUUCUCGCACCCAAUCGUCCUGCAGCGGCUGUGGCUCUUCCGCUACCCGUCAGCCAGUCUAUCCAGCCACCCAUACCCACGCCCAUUAAAACACCUCAAGACGCCUCUCCGCAAGAUCGACGCCAUGAUAAAACAACAACCACAACGACCACAUCACCAAGCUGUUCACGGCACCGCGGCAACCCAUGAGGCGAUCCCUGAGACGCCGCUGCGUGAAGGCAGCCAUGGUUUGUCGAAUGGCGGUAACUGUGAGGUGUGGGGAAGGCUAGGCCCCCGAAGAUCGGUCUGGGGUGUGGGAAUGGACGAUUCAGACUGGCACGUAGGUCGGUCAGCACAAACACGCAGGCACAGCUUGACUUGACAGGGAAGACGCAACCGCCCGUUAUGCCAUGUGAUGUGUACUGACUGUACAUGUGCUGUUCAGUGCGUGAGACGUGGCUGACGGUAGAGCCGCCGAGCGCCCUCGUCCGCGAGGUCAUCUUCUGCGGCUGCGAGGGACUCUACGUGGGCGGCCUCGUCGUCUCAUCAAAUGUCCCCAACACUCCAGUCAAUUCAUCGGCCAAGACUGACACCAGCCCCUCUUUCGUUUCCCAAACCAAUUCAGCAUCGCUUGUGGGUCUGUCUGCGGGUUUGCCUGUUGACGACGACUCUGUUUAUGCGAUCCCAUCCAUGUCUCCGACUGAAGGAGGCGAGAGCGUCAUGGUAGUGAGACGAUCUCCAACAGGCUUCCGCCUGCACGCAAUGGAGGCAAUCCGGUCAGUUGGCGGCACGUGUGUGAACCGCUUGGUUGCUCUCUUGUGUGUGUAAGUCUGUUCGUCUGUGAGUCUGUUUGUCUGUGUGUAGUGAGGUGGGUAUGAUCAGUGUUGACGAAGCGCUUGUAGCCAACCUGGUCUUCAGAAACCUCACACAAUAUGAAAUCACACAGGUGAGGGAAAGGGGAUGCAUGAGAUACGAAAGGGCUGUAAAACAGAUUGAUUGGCGGCUCUGUCUUCCACGCCAUCAGCACGAGUCGGGCUCUGACGGCCAGGUGGUCUCGAGCAUUCCUCUCCGCGCACUUAUUGUGGUAUGACUGAUGCUGCACCAGCUGCCCGGACUGCUGAAAUGCGUGUGCGUCUCUGUUUGUUGUCGGUGGCUCGUCAGGCGAUCCAGCAGCUUGUGCAGAUGGCUUUGAUUGAGCACACCUAUUCACUGCCAAUCGGCAUCCAGCAUAUUCCAUUCCUCACCGAAAGUACACACAAUAGAGCAGACAGGGAGAGAGGAGACACGACAUGGAUCGUUCCGUGUCCGUUCAUUCAGUCCGGCGCAUUGUGACUCUUGCCAAGAAGGAGCUCGAGUGGAAUUCCACCUCCACCAGCCCCCUCAUCCACACGAUCCUCUCAUUCCACCACGACGCUUCCCGCCCCUCACCCUUCGCACCAAUACCACGGACAUCCCAUUCAGGCCGCCUUGAAGAAGUCCAUGCCGUAUUGCGGCGUCUGAAGCACUUGUGGCGCGACCAUCUCGGCAGCAAGGUCAACAUGAUCGACCUGGGAGUGAUGGACCGGGUCUACACCGCCAUCUGUGACUGGCUAAGUGUGAUGUCGGCAGACAGUUCUCCGGCAAUCACAAUGGCCAACGUCAUGAGGCGGGAGGGAGGGGCGGGGAGACACGGCAAGUGGCGGUGCUCCGAAGGCAGAAGGCACGACGUCAUGCAGGCGCUGACGGAGGUCAGAGUGCUGCUAGAAGGCGGGAAAAAGAUCCUUCUGAAGACCCCUCACUGCACCUACGAUGACACAGUGACCGCGGCUCUGGGUCCAGCAGUCGAGGAGAGAGAACCCACGCACUUCUCACUCUCCCCACCGUUUCAGCCGCCGCCUCUGACAUUGGACCUGCUAUGGAGCGACCUCUGGAACGCAUCUCGGCCCAUGAUAGAAGAUUUGGUCGACCUGGCCGAACCGAGCCUAAGGGACGAACCACAUCUAAUCGAGCACACUCGCCACGGCAAUCACACCCGGACACCGACAGCAAGACAGCAGUGGCGGAAGCUACAGGACGCCCGUGUGGAGCGAGCGCAGAGCGUCAUGGAGAACAUCACUGCAUGGCUGAAUGGAAAGGAGAUCGGCGGCCACGGCUAUGACGUGCACAUGGUGGUGGUGUGCAUCGACUGGCUGGAGCGGCUCUUCGCCGGGGAGCCGGUGAGUGAGCUGCUGCCCCUUCUGCCGUCUCUCCCGCCCCAGCCCCGACCGCGGCCUCCCCGUGUGUUUUCUUCUGCAAAAGAGAAGAAGGUCCCACGAGUGGAUGGGCUGGACGGUCUUGACUUCUUUGGUGUUGAUUUUGACGUCAUUUUGGGGGACGAAGGCGUAGACGAGGACGACGAGCUCUCAGAGGAAGAGGAUGAAUAUGAAGAGGUGGAAGACGAAGACUUUGAAGAAGAGGGACAAGACGAAAAAGAGGGUUUGAUACGGAGGGAGACCGAUUUGGUGGGCCGGAUCAACUCGAUCAUGCACCAGCUGUCAUCCGUCUCUGAGGCACUGAUGCGUGGAGAAGCGGCCCACCAGGGAAGGAGGCAGGAGCUCGCCGCCCUCCUCCGGCGGCUCAACACGCUGACGCAGUCACUGGAGCGGCUUCACGGCAGAGACACCAUGUCGUCGGGAGACGAGGACCUCUCCCGGCGUCAGUGGCAGGCACACGAGGACCUGUUCAAGGCGGCUGAUGUGGUGGACCAUCUUGUGUCAUUGGUCAACCGAUACGCCGAUGUGGUGGACCACUCUACCAAAAGUGAGGAGAGGGCGGCGGCUGUGAGGCCACACGCGGAGGAGAGGAAGAAGGAGAGGGAGAGGGAGAGGGAGAGGGAGGGAGGAGGCCGCCAGCAGCAGCAGCAGCAGCAGCAGCAGCGGCGGCACCACCAUGCGGUGGUAAUGCAGUUGCCUGAGGAGGCCAGGGAGGCAUUCGAAGAGAUUAUUCAGGGAUUCGCUGGUACGGGUUUUUCUUUUUGUGUCUCGCAAACACACUCCGCACUAUCUGCCUGUGUCUCUGCGUGUGUAUGCAGAUGUGUCCUCCUCUUCCCCCGAGGCACCUAAGUCGAAACGCGGCGCCUCUUACCCCUUCCAGCCACCCACAGCCACCACCAGUACCACCACGGUGACCAGCAGCAGCAACAGCGGACCAUCCGGCUCUCGAGGAGACACACAGAAAGAGACCCCACCCCCUCUCCUACCGCAUAGGAGGAAGGACAAAGGCGAGAAGAGGAGCAUGGUGGAGCAGUUAGCUGACAGGGACGCCGGCGAGAGGGAGGGGGAGAGGGAGAGGGCUGACGAGGGGGUGUUCAUCGACAUAGAUGACCUGCUCACGCUGCUGUUCCAGCAGUGAGGGGGUGUGCGCGAAUGGGGAGACCCCUAUAUAGGUCUCUAUCGCUGAGAAUUGCGUGCGUG